AUGUUUAAGUCCUAUCUGAUUAUCACUUAUGACAUCAAGUUAUCGACAGCGUUGAGGCGUAUUGACUCAUAUGCUUACCAUACUGGUAAGCCUGCACGCUCAAAGAUUAGGGACCUGUCAUUGGGUCCAAAAGAUGUCGAUGAGCAUGAAGGCGUGGGAAGAUGGCCAUCGAGUGCCAGCUCGAGUUACGCAAAAGCUAGCUCAAGAAUGAGGCAGCGAGAGACUUCGAGGAGCGGAAUAUUUGCAAAGAAGUCUUAA